AUGCAGGAAGCUGAUAUUCCCAUUGAUAUUCAUACGCUCAAGUUACAAGAUUGGCUUGUAAGUCGGCGUAUUGUGCCCAAAAACAUACAGGCCAGCUUGAAAGAUAUUCGCUCCAAGAUAACUGCUGCCCUACAAGAUAUGCCAUCCCACGAAAAGCUUAUCGAGCUGCUGAAGGGUACAAAUAUCAACUACUUCCAUUGCAAAGAAAUCAUUGAGAUUUUAAAGCAAACCGAAAAAGACACCAAGGGUCUCUUUGGCAGCUAUGGCAGUCAGCGUAUGAAGGAUUGGCAGGAAAUUGUACGACUAUAUGAAAAGGACAAUGUUUACUUGGCCGAAAGUGCCCAGCUCUAUGUGCGUAAUAUCAAUUAUGAAAUACCCAAUGUGAAAAAGCAAAUGACCAAAUUGGAACAACAAAGCGACGAAUGUUUGAAACGUAGCAAUGAUUUGAAUAAACCAGAAGCACAGCUGUUGGCCGAACAUGCUGCUUUGUUGCAACAAAUUGGUGUAAAGGGGGAUAAUCUACGUGAAGAAUUCACCCAGGUGCUGUCGGGUUUGCCUGAAAUGUAUGCCAAAAGUAUUGCCAAAAUCGGCACUUUGGAUGAGGCAUUGAAUUUGUAUGCCACGACAACGGGCCAAACCAAACAACAAUGUUUACCCAUAACCCGACAUUUAAUUGAUUUCGGUAAUACAACAGUCUACCAAUAUAUUCACAAGGAGGCUCCGCUGUCGGUUGAAGAACCACCAAUUAAGCUGAAUUUGAGCGAAGAGAAUGAAAUGAAAAACAAUGACAAUGAAAUCGAUUUUGGUGAUGACAAUGGUGGUGCUUCGUCCACGAUUUCUGGCGAAAUGAUUGAUUUUGGUGAAUUGAAUUUAGAAAGUGGCGGUGAUGGUGGCAUCGAUUUUGGUGAUGCCGGAGAAACUGGUGACAUUGAUUGGGGCAUUGAAAGUGCACCCACCGAAAAUGUAGAAAUCAAUUUCGAUAUACCCAUCGAGGAGUAUGGCAUUGUUGUAGAAGGAGCUGGCAUGGAUGGUGGUGUGGCCAAAGGUGAUCAAGCCUAUACACUGCUCGACUCUCCCUCAUACCGUGAACGUUUCAUUGAUGAGUUAUACGAACUUGAAGCAUUCCUGCGUAUGCGUUGCUAUGAAUUGCGUCAAGUUAAUGCAAGCAGUAAUAUUAUGUUUUCUCUCAUGGAAUCAAUUUCUACUCAUGAUGAAGAAUCGUUACGCAAAAUGUUAGCCAAUCUUGAUGUUUUACUCAACGAGAUGAGUAGUGAACAAACUCGUCAUCUUUUCCAAUUGAAACAUUCACCCAAAUAUGCCGAUCUCUUAGCAUCAAAAUUGAAACAAAUGCUUAAAGCUGUUGAGAAAAUACGUACAACCAAACAGGUGUUGAAAGAUCGUUCGGUUGAACUUAAAGAACAACGCGUGUCGUUGACACCGGUGCUGGAAAAAUUGAUCGAUCAAACGAAAGAUCUACAAGGCAAAAUCGAACAGGAUAUAUCGAAACGUUAUAAGAAUCGUAUUGUUAAUUUGCUGGGUGGUGUUUAGAAAAA